AUGAAGUGGUUGAUCCUGGCAUUGGUUUAUCUCCACCUGUCAGAGGGGGUGGAGAGAAUGAUUUUGAAGAAAGGGAAAUCCAUAAGGGAGAACAUGAAGUUGAAAGGAGUACUGGAGGAAUUUCUGAAGAAGCCCCGUCUUGAUCCUGCACUGAAAUACCACUUCAAUGAAUUCAAUGUCGCUUAUGAACCAAUAACCAAUUCAUUGAAUACUUUCUACUUUGGAGAGAUCAGUAUUGGGACUCCACCACAGAACUUUCGAGUUCUCAUGGACACUGGAUCUGCCAAUCUCUGGGUGCCUUCUGUGUACUGUAAUACUGAGGCCUGUGUUAACCAUAAUAAGUUCAACCCUCGUGCAUCCUCUACAUACUCCAACAAUGGACAGACCUUUACCCUGAGCUAUGGGAGUGGUUCUUUAACCGUCAUGCUAGGCUACGAUACUGUUCAGGUCCAGAAUAUUGUUGUUCGUAACCAGGAAUUUGGCCUAAGUGAGAAUGAGCCCUCCAAUCCCUUCUAUUAUGCCAGUUUUGAUGGGAUUUUAGGGAUGUCUUAUCCUGCCAGCUAUGUAGGCCAUGUAGGGGGUGACACUGUUAUGCAGCAGAUGCUGAGACAAAGGCAACUUUCUGAACCCAUCUUCAGCUUCUAUUUCUCACGCCAACCAACUGUUCAGUAUGGAGGAGAACUGAUCUUUGGAGGUAUUGACAAUAAGCUCUUCUCUGGGCAAAUUACCUGGGCACCUGUCACCCAUGAAGCUUACUGGCAGAUUGCUGUUGAUGAAUUUGUCAUUAACAACCAAGCUACUGGCUGGUGCAGCUCAGGCUGCCAGGCCAUUGUGGACACUGGGACGUACCAGCUGGCUGUCCCAGGGCAGUAUCUUAAGAGUUUCCUGAUGAAUGUGGGAGCUAAAGAGCAGAAUGGAAAUUUCGUGGUGAACUGCAACAAUGUCCAGAAUUUGCCCACCAUCACCUUUGUCAUUAAUGGAUCCCAGUUCCCACUGGCUCCCUCUGCGUAUGUGAACAAUAACAAUGGCUAUUGUACAAUUGAGAUGGAAUCCACGUACCUGAAUUCUCCAACUGGGCAGCCUCUAUGGAUCCUGGGUGAUAUCUUCCUUAAGGAGUAUUAUUCUGUCUUUGACAUGGCCAACAACAGGGUGGGCUUUGCACCCUCAGCCUAG